AUGUCUGACGCUGUUAUCUCGUACGCUACUUUGAUCUUGGCUGAUGCCGGUUUGGACAUCACCGCCGACAGCUUGACCACCUUGGCCAAGUCUGCCGGUGCCUCCGUCGACUCCAUCUGGGCUGAGACUUUCGCCACCGCUUUGGAAGGCAAAGACCUAAAGGAAAUCCUGUCUGGUUUCCACGCCGCCGGCUCUGGUGCCGCUGGUGCCGCUGGUGCUGCCUCUGGCGCUGCUGCUGGUGAAGCCGCCGCCGAGGAAGAAGCCCCAGAAGAAGAGGCCGAGGAGUCUGACGACGACAUGGGUUUCGGUUUGUUCGAUUAA